AUGGCGGUGGCCUCACCAGUGAAGAAGCUGAGGCCCAGAGCUGUUCAGCGGCUUGCCAUGAAGUCCUCUUGUGGCCUCUUGGGGAAGCCGCUGAGUCAGCUGUGCUGUUCCCGCUCAGGCUCCACAGGGCCCGCCCAGAUCAAGACUGUGAGGGUGGAAUUGUCCAGUUGGGCCAGCAGAGUCCUGGGCGCUCAGCAUGGCUUCACAGAGCUGGUGCAGGGAGGGCACCCGGCCAUCCUCACCCUGUCCUGCCUGGAUCAGGGUAAGGGACACUUGACUGCCCUGGGGCCCCAGGCCAACCUUGCCAUCUUUGCUCUUCCAGAAAGCCCUGCUAACCAUGUGUCUCCCUCUGCAGCCUGCCUGCUCCGCUCCAAUGCGCUCUCGCUGGUCUACCUGCUGUUCCUGCUGCUACUGCCCUGGUUCCCGGGCCCCUCCCGGCACAGCAUCCGAGGUCACACCGGCCGCCUCCUCCGCGCGCUGUUGGUCCUCAGCCUCCUCUUCCUGGCAGCCCACCUUACCUUCCAGAUAUGCCUGCACACUGUGCCUGGCCUGGACCAGUUUCUGGGGUCGAACUGCAGCCACUGGGAGAACCUCUCCCGACUUGUCGGGGUCACGAGGCUGGACCUGAAGGACAUCCCCAAUGCCGUGCGGCUGGUGGCCCCCGACCUGGGCAUCCUGGUGGUCUCUGCUGUGUGCCUUGGCCUCUGUCGGCGCCUCACACGGGAAGCCCGGCGGAGUCAGCCCUGCCAGGAGCCGCAGGAAGACGAUGACAGGGAAGUGGACACCGGCUCCCCGGUGGGGCUGCAGGGAGCCCCUGUGCUGGCCCCCACGCGGAAGUCGAGGCUGGCUGCCCGGUUCCGGAUCACAGCUCACUGGCUGCUGGUGGCUGCUGGGCGGAUUCUGGCCCUCGUGCUGCUCGCGCUGGCAGGCAUUGCCCACCCCUCGGCCUUCUCCAGCGUCUACUUCCUGUUCUUCUUGGGCAUCUGCACCUGGUGGGCCUGUCACUUUCCCAUCAGCCCCCUGGGCUUCAGCACACUCUGCGUCAUGGUGGGCUGCUUUGGCGCCGGUCAUCUCAUCUGCCUCUACUGCUACCAGAUGCCCUUCGCCCAGGACAUGCUCCCUCCGGCUGGCAUCUGGGCCAGGGUUUUCGGCCUUAAGGACUUCGUGGCCCACACGAACUGCUCCAGUGCCAACUCACUGGCCCUCAACACCAGCCACGACUGGCCCGUGUACGUGAGCCCCGGGAUCCUGCUGCUCCUGUACUACACUGUGACCUCACUUCUGAAGCUCCGCACACACCACCCCCCAGGCCAGAAAAAGGUGGCGGCUGAGGGUGUCGAGGAGCGGGAGGUGGAGCUGACUGAGGUGGACCACUGGCCCCAGGACAAGGCCAGGGGUGCAGCCGCCAAGGAGGAGGGUGCUACCCAGCACACGAUGCCUGACCCUGAGGCUGACAACUGCAUCGUGCACGACCUGAGCAGCCACAGCCCGGUCCAGCAGCGCCCCAUGCACCCCAGGCUGGCUGAGCCAAGAGAGACAUCUCCACUGCAUGGCCUGGGCCACCUCAUCAUGGACCAGAGCUACGUGUGUGCCCUCAUCGCCAUGAUGGUGUGGAGCAUCACCUACCACAGCUGGCUGACCUUCGUGCUGCUGCUCUGGGCCUGCCUCAUCUGGACUGUGCGCAGCCGCCACCAGAUGGCCAUGCUCUGCUCGCCCUUCAUCCUGCUCUACGGGCUGGCGCUGUGCUGCCUGCGCUACGUGUGGGCCAUGGACCUGCACUCGGAGCUGCCCACCACGCUGGGUCCCGUCAGCCUGCGCCAGCUGGGGCUGGAGCACACGCGCUACCCCUGCCUGGACCUCGGUGCCAUGUUGCUGUAUACCCUGACCUUCUGGCUCCUGCUGCGCCAGUUCGUCAAGGAAAAGCUGCUGAGGAGGAAGAAGACGCCCUCCGCGCUGAUGGAGGUCACUGUGGCGGACACAGAGCCCACGCGGACUCGGACGCUGCUCCGGAGCCUGGGGGAGCUGGUCACUGGCAUCUAUGUCAAGUACUGGAUCUACGUGUGCGCCGGCAUGUUCAUCGUGGUCAGCUUCGCAGGCCGUCUCGUCGUCUACAAGAUCGUCUACAUGUUCCUCUUCCUGCUCUGCCUCACCCUCUUCCAGGUCUACUACAGCCUGUGGAGGAAGCUGCUCAAGGUGUUCUGGUGGCUGGUGGUGGCCUACACCAUGCUGGUGCUCAUCGCUGUCUACACCUUCCAGUUCCAGGACUUCCCCAUGUACUGGCGCAACCUGACAGGCUUCACUGACGAGCAGCUGGGGGACCUGGGCCUGGAGCAGUUCAGCGUGUCCGAGCUCUUCUCGAGCAUCCUCAUCCCUGGCUUCUUCCUGCUCGCCUGCAUCCUGCAGCUGCACUACUUCCACCAGCCCUUCAUGCAGCUCACCGACCUGGAGCACAUCCCCCUGCCCGGCGCCUGCCGCCCCCGCUGGGCUCACAGGCAGGACGCAGUGAGCGGGACCCCAUUGUUGCAGCAGGACGAGGAGGAGGAAGCCCCUAGGAACCAGGGGUGGGGCACUGCUGGCUCCAACCAGGCCACGCAGGUCCCGGAAGUCACAGCCAACAAAUGGGGCCUGGUGGCCGAGCGGCUGCUGGACUUGUCCGCCAGCUUCUCGAACGUCCUCACCCGCGUGCAGCUGUUUGUGCGACGCCUGCUGGAGCUGCACAUCUUUAAGCUGGUGGCCCUGUACACCGUCUGGGUGGCCCUAAAGGAGGUGUCAGUGAUGAACCUCCUGCUGGUGGUGCUCUGGGCCUUCGCCCUGCCCUACCCCCGCUUCCGGCCCAUGGCCUCCUGUCUGUCCACCGUGUGGACCUGCAUCAUCAUCGUGUGCAAGAUGCUCUACCAGCUCAAGGUCGUCAGCCCCCACAAGUACUCCAACAACUGCACUGAGCCCCUCCCCAAUAGCACCAACCUGCAGAAGACAGAGAUCAACCAGUCCUUGCUGUACCGGGGUCCCAUCGACCCGGCCAACUGGUUUGGGGUGCGGAAGGGCUACCCAAACCUGGGCUACAUCCAGAACCACCUGCAGAUCCUGCUGCUGCUGGUGUUCGAGGCCAUCGUGUACCGGCGCCAGGAGCACCACCGCCGGCAGCACCAGCUGGCCCCGCUGCCCGCCCAGGCCGUCUGCAUCGAAGGCACCCGCCAGCAGCUGGACCGGGACCUGCUUAGCUGUGUCAAAUACUUCAUCAACUUCUUUUUCUACAAAUUUGGGCUGGAGAUCUGCUUCCUGAUGGCCGUGAACGUGAUCGGGCAGCGCAUGAACUUUAUGGUCAUCCUGCACGGCUGCUGGCUGGUGGCCAUCCUCACCCGCCGCAUGUGUGUGAUCCAGUCCUUCCACACCCUCGCCAGUAUUUGGCGGUGUCGCUAUUUUUAUAGUAUUAGCCGUUCUGAUAAGUGUGCAAUGACGUCUCGAGUGGUCCAGCCAUACCACGGCCAGCACUCAGGAGACUGCCCUGCCCGCCUGCCGCCCUCUAGCUUCAUACAGCUGCUCCCAUGGGGGCCUGGGGCUGUCCGGAGCCCUGACACGCUCCCUCUACCCACAGACUACCCCUGGCGCUGGAGCCAGGCCAUCCCCAUGAAUUCGGUGCUCAUCAAGUGGCUGUACCUGCCUGACUUCUUCAUGGCCCCCAACUCCACCAACCUCAUCAGUGACUUCCUGCUGCUGCUCUGCGCCUCCCAGCAGUGGCAGGUGUUCUUGGCUGAGCGCACCGAGGAGUGGCAGCACAUGGCCGGCGUCAACACCGACCACCUGGAGCCUCUGCGGGGGGAGCCCAACCCCGUGCCCAACUUCGUUCACUGUAGGUCCUACCUCGACAUGCUGAAAGUCGCUGUCUUCCGCUACCUCUUCUGGCUGGUGCUGGUGGUGGUGUUCAUCACAGGGGCCACGCGCAUCAGUGUCUUCGGGCUGGGCUACCUGCUGGCCUGUUUCUACCUGCUGCUCUUCGGCACCUCCCUGCUGCAGAAGGAUACGCGUCCCCGCCUCGUGCUGUGGGACUGCCUCAUCCUCUACAACGUCACCGUCAUCAUCUCCAAGAACAUGCUCUCGCUCCUGUCCUGUGUCUUCGUGGAGCAAAUGCAGAGCAGCUUCUGCUGGGUCAUCCAGCUGUUCAGCCUCGUGUGCACAGUCAAAGGCUACUAUGACCCCAAGGAGAUGCUGGGCAGGGACCAGGACUGCCUGCUGCCAGUGGAGGAGGCUGGCGUCCUCUGGGACAGUGUCUGUUUCCUGUUCCUGCUGCUGCAGCGCCGUGUCUUCCUCAGCUACUACUUCCUGCAUGUCAAGGCUGAGCUCCAGGCCACUGCUCUGCAGGCCUCCAGGGGCUUCGCCCUGUACAACGCUGCCAACCUCAAAAGCAUCGACUACCACCGCAAGGUCGAGGAGAAGUCCCUGGCCCAGCUGAAAAGACAGAUGGAACGUAUCCGCGCCAAGCAGGAAAAGCACAGGCAGGGCCCGGUGGGCCUCGGCCACUCCCAGGAGGCCCUGGACCCCGGCCAGGAGCCAGGUCCCAGCCGUCCAGGGGGCUCCUCCCCACCACGGACACAGUGGUGGCGGCCCUGGCUGGACCACGCCACAGUCAUCCACUCUGGGGACUACUUCCUGUUCGAGUCUGACAGUGAGGAGGAGGAGGAGGCCCAGCCCGAGGAUCCCAGGCCAUCGGCACAGAGUGCCUUCCAGAUGGCGUACCAGGCCUGGGUGACCAACGCCCAGACGGUGCUGAGGCGGCGGCGGCAGGAGCAGGCACAACUGCUUGUGGGAGGCGGCCCGCGUCCAGAGGCGGAGUUGGCAGAGGGUCCAGCAGACGAGGUGGCAGGCCGGAGCCAUGUGAUGCAGCGGGUGCUGAGCACCAUGCAGUUCCUGUGGGUGCUGGGACAGGCGCUGGUGGACGGGCUGACGCGCUGGCUGUACACCUUCACUCGGCACCACCGCGCCAUGAGUAACGUGCUGCGUGCUGAGCGCUACCUGCUCACACAGGAGCUACUCAGGGGUGGAGAGGUGCACCGGGGAGUGCUGGACCAGCUAUACUCAAGUGAGGCUAAGACCAUGCCAACAGGCCCCUCGGAGGCACGCGAUGUGCCUAGCACAGCUUCGAGCGGGCUGGGGGCAGAAGAGCCCAUAAGCAGCACGCCCGAGGACCCCAGCAGCCCCCUGAGCACGGGCUACAACACCCGCAGUGGCAGUGAGGAGAUGGUCACCGAGCCCAGGGCUUCUCUACACGGCUCCCGAGAGCUUCCCGCCAGCACGCGGACCCGGAUGCGCACAGCCAGCGAGCUGCUCCUUGACAGGUGCCUGCGCAUCCCAGAGCUGGAGGAGGCUGAGCAGUUUGAGGCCGGGCAGGGCCGGGCGCUGCGGCUGCUGCAGGCCGUGUACCAGUGCGUGGCUGCCCACUCUGAGCUGCUCUGCUAUUUCAUCAUUGUUCUCAACCAUAUGGUCACCGCCUCGGCCACCUCCCUCGUGCUGCCUGUGCUGGUCUUCUUGUGGGCCAUGCUGUCCAUCCCCCGGCCCAGCAAGCGCUUCUGGAUGACGGCCAUCGUCUUCACGGAGGUCAUGGUGGUCACCAAAUACCUGUUCCAGUUUGGCUUCUUCCCCUGGAACAGCCACACGGUGCUGCGGCGCUACGAGAACAAGCCCUACUUCCCGCCUCGCAUCCUGGGCCUGGAGAAGACUGACGGCUACAUCAAGUACGACCUGGUGCAGCUCCUGGCCCUCUUCUUCCAUCGUUCCCAGCUGCUGUGCUAUGGCCUCUGGGACCACGAGGAGGACCCGCUGUCCAAGGAGCCUGAUGGGGGCCAGGGGAAGGAGGAGCCUGAGGAGGAGCCAGCCCUGCUGGGACUCCAGACUGCGGAGAGCACAGGGCCCCAGGAGGAGCUGGGGGCGGCUGGGGCCACCGCCGAGGAUGACAUCCAAGUAGAAGUGAGAGAUGGGCCCUCAGAGCCACACGUGGAGAUCAGGCCCCACGACACGAAGCGCAUCGGUCUGCGUUUCAGGAGGAGGAGGAAGGAGAUGGCAGAACCCAAAGGACCGGCAGCCAUUGAAGCUGAGACGGAGGAUGAGGAGCAGGAGGCAGCAGCCGCCUCUCGGGACGUGUCCCUUCCCUCUGCCCGUCCCAGGGCCCAGAGCGUGUACCGGCCCCUGCGGCGUUUCUUCCACGACAUCCUGCACACCAAAUACCGUGCAGCCACCGACGUCUAUGCCCUCAUGUUCCUGGCUGACGUGGUCGACUUCAUCAUCAUCAUGUUCGGCUUUUGGGCCUUUGGGAAGCACUCAGCGGCUACGGACAUCACGUCCUCCCUGUCAGAUGACCAGGUUCCGGAAGCCUUCCUGGUCAUGCUGCUGAUCCAGUUCAGCACUAUGGUCAUCGACCGUGCCCUCUACCUACGCAAGACCGUGCUGGGCAAGCUGGCCUUCCAGGUCGUCCUGGUGCUGGCCAUCCAUGUCUGGAUGUUCUUCAUCUUGCCCGCUGUCACCGAGAGGAUGUUCAGCCAGAACACAGUAGCCCAGCUGUGGUACUUUGUGAAGUGCAUCUACUUCGCCCUGUCCGCCUACCAGAUCCGCUGUGGCUACCCCACUCGCAUCCUUGGCAACUUCCUCACCAAGAAGUACAACCACCUCAACCUCUUCCUCUUCCAGGGGUUCCGGCUGGUGCCGUUCCUGGUGGAGCUGCGGGCCGUGAUGGACUGGGUUUGGACAGACACCACGCUGUCCCUGUCCAACUGGAUGUGCGUGGAGGACAUCUAUGCCAACAUCUUCAUCAUCAAGUGCAGCCGAGAGACAGAAAAGAAAUACCCACAGCCCAAGGGGCAGAAGAAGAAGAAGAUCGUUAAGUAUGGCAUGGGCGGCCUUAUAAUCCUGUUCCUUGUGGCCAUCAUCUGGUUCCCGCUGCUCUUCAUGUCUCUGGUGCGCUCUGUUGUCGGUGUUGUCAACCAGCCCAUCGACGUCACCGUCACCCUCAAGCUGGGGGGCUAUGAGCCCCUGUUCACCAUGAGCGCCCAGCAGCCGUCCAUCGUGCCCUUCACACAGCAGGCCUAUGAGGAGCUGUCCAGGCAGUUUGACCCCCACCCGCUGGCCAUGCAGUUCAUCAGCCAGUACAGCCCUGAGGACAUCGUCACCGCGCAGAUCGAGGGCAGCUCCGGGGCUCUGUGGCGCAUCAGCCCGCCAAGCAGGGCCCAGAUGAAGCGGGAGCUGUACAACGGCACUGCCGACAUCACCGUGCGCUUCACCUGGAACUUCCAGAGGGACCUGGCCAAGGGAGGCACUGUGGAGUACACCAACGAGAAGCACACCCUGGACCUGGCCCCCAAUAGCACUGAGCGGUGGCAGCUGGCCAGCCUGCUGGAGGGCACCUCGGACCAGUCCGUGGUCAUCCCUAACCUCUUUCCCAAGUACAUCCGUGCCCCCAACGGGCCUGAAGCUAACCCCGUGAAGCAGCUGCAGCCCAACGAGGAGGCGGACUACCUCGGCGUGCGCAUCCAGCUGCGGAGGGAGCGUGUGGGCUCGGGGGAUGCUGGCUUCCUUGAGUGGUGGGUCAUCGAGCUACAGGACUGCCAGGCUGACUGCAACCUGCUGCCCAUGGUCAUCUUCAACGACAAGGUCAGCCCACCCAGCCUGGGCUUCCUGGCUGGCUACGGGAUCAUGGGGCUCUAUGUGUCCAUCGUGCUGGUCAUCGGCAAGUUUGUGCGCGGCUUCUUCAGUGAGAUCUCACACUCCAUCAUGUUUGAGGAGCUGCCGUGUGUGGACCGAAUCCUCAAGCUCUGCCAGGACAUCUUCCUGGUGCGGGAGACGCGGGAGCUGGAGCUGGAAGAGGAGCUAUACGCCAAGCUCAUCUUCCUCUACCGCUCACCGGAGACCAUGAUCAAGUGGACCCGCGAAAAGGAGUAGGAGCCAGGCUCCGUGUGCACGUGAAUGAAGGAGCCGGCCUGCCAGGAAGGAGGGCAGUGCUCCUCAGGCCACAGGAGCAGAUACUCCAGUCCCAGGCCACCAGCUGUGACAGGUCCUCCUGGCCCACUGAGCCUUGAUGCUGCUGUCAGAAGGGAGCUGUGGCCCCUCCACGGCCCAGCACAGGACUGCUGUCCCUUUCCGUUGUCCCUGCAGGGCCCAGUGCCAGACACACUGGCCAGGGGCCCAGCCCUCCUUUCUCCACACGUACUGUAGAGUUUUUUUAAUUAAAACUUUUAUUUAUACGAAC